CAAUCAAAUACCUACUCUAAGCCACUCUUAUAUGAAAAUUAAAUUAAAAUAAUCGGCAUAUUUCCUGAUGUUAAAAAUGUGAAUACUCGUGUUAGUGGUCAGUGAAAAUGGAAAAAUCAAGAAAAAUAAGAAAAGAGUGGUUUAUAAACGUGCCAUGGGGUAAAUUGGCGGGUAUAUCAUGGGGCAGUGAGAGCAAUCCACCAGUGUUAAUGGUGCACGGAAAGCUGGACAGCGCGGCUACCUUCAUUCCCCUGGCAGAGUUACUGCCAGACAACUUCUUCUAUCUGGCUUUGGAUUUGCCAGGUCACGGAAAGUCGGAUCCAUUGCCCUACGGGAUCCCAAUCUCCAUCGCUCACCAGGUAGAAACCAUCAGGCAGGUGGUGAAGCAUAUGAAAUGGAACACCUUCAUCACCAUCUCACAUUCGUUGGGAAUACAUAUCUCAUGCUUGUACAACGCAGCAUUUCCUAACAAAAUAACAAAGAUGGUGAACCUGGAUCCAGCGCUAAUUAUAUAUAUAAUGUCUAUAGCAACGGGAGAUUUCCCUCUGUGGAAUUAUAAUUUCUACGAAUAUUAUUACAGUAAUAUGGCCAAUUCCAAUAAUAAACCGGAAUUUACUUACGAAGAAGCUUUGGAAAUGGUUCAACGAGGACGAAAAGUAAACAGGGAUGGUGCAGAGAUUCUUCUUUCUAGGAAUUUGGAGCAGACUGGUCGUGGUAAAUAUAGGUUCAAAUGGGACCUCUCUGUAAAGAAACCUGUCGUCAUACCUUUUGAUGGAGAAACUGUAUGUUCCUUGUGGGCCCUAAACGCUCCACCCAUGUUAAAUACAAUACCUUCAACAAUAUCUUACGAAGGUGUUGAUAAUAUCAUGGAGAAAUUAGAAAAAAAUAUUCCUGUUUUUAAAAAAGUUCACUACAUAGGUGAACACGAUCAUCAUGUCACACAGCCAAGCGAUUACAUAAAUGAAAUAAUCGAUUUUCUAAAUACAGAUUAUAUAAAAUCGAAAUUAUAAAUAAAACAUUGUAUAGAGUUUU